AUGAAUGCUGUGGGGAGGACUUCGGUCUUGGGGUUACUGAUCUCCAUCACUAUUUUGGUGUCUGUUAACACUACACUGUUUGUAAAGACGGGUGCAAAGGCUCUGCUGUGUUGCCCUGCUCUUCCAAUGACAAAAGCAAUAUUAAUAGCAUGGGCCAUAGCCCCCAGAGGCCAGCCUCCCUGCAGAAUAACUUACAGAGUAGAAACAAAAGAGACCAAUGAAACCAACUGUACAGACAAGAGAAUCACCUGGGCAUCCACACCUGACCAGAGUCCUGACCUUCAGAUCAAUGCAGUGGCCCUCAGUCAUGACGGGCUUUAUUCAUGUGAAAUAGCAACACUGCAGGGGAAUUUCCUAAGGAGACAUGACCUCUAUGUGCUAGUGCCUCCAGCAGUUACCCUGCUUCCAGGGGAAAACAGAACAGCAGUUUGUGAGGCAACUGCAGGCAAGCCGGCUGCGCAGAUCUUUUGGAGUCCAGAUGGGAAUCACGUCACUAAGCAGGAAUCACACAGCAAUGGCACCGUGACUGUCAGGAGCACAUACUUCUGGGAGCAGAACAAUGUGUCUGUGGUGUUCUGCUUUGUCUCCCAUCCUACUGGCAACCAGACUCUGUCCAUAGAACUGAAUCAAGGUGUCACCAUCAUGCUGCGUUCCCUGCUGACCAUUCUCUAUGUGAAACUUUCCCUUCUGGGGAUUAUUCUGCUCAUCCAAGGAUUGGUUUUCUCCCAGAAGAGCAAUUAUUUCAUGUAG